AUGCGUCUCUACUUCGUCCCGAAUGACCCCGAGCGCACGACACUAAUGUCUGCCAACGGGGUUAUCCACUACCAAGUCACUACUGUCAAAGCACGGAGAUUCACCCCAGCUAUUCUUCGUAUCAAGCGGCCCGCCAUAGACGCAAACGAGGAUACCUGUGUCGCUGAGGUCAAGUGGAAACGCGGCUUCCGCGCACACCCCGUUGUGCGAAGCCACAUCUUCGACGGGGAAAUGCAGGAACUCCAAGUGCGCCACUUCCUCUACAAGGUCGGCCGCCUUUUUUCCCCAACACGAUAUUUCCUGGGGAGCGAUGAUGAGGAGUAUAGGUGGAAGCCGCUCAAGGACACAGGUCAUGUCCUGACCCACGUCAGCUCUAGCCGCGAAGUCGCGCGCUUUGUGCAAGAGACCGUGACAGAGGGCUUCUUCCAAGGCGAAAAGAAGUGGUGUCUCUUCAUCCAACCGACCAAUCUCGACAUCGACAUGAUUGUCGUCAGCUUUAUUAUCAUGGAGAAACGGAGACGCGACCGCAUCGCGGCUGAGGGGAUGAAGACGAAGAACCAGGAUGAAGAUCGGGCUGUCGAGGGCGGCUGCGAGACUGGGGGGUCGGGCGGCGCGCUGGCGUAG